UUGAUCUAUACCUACAGUCUAAAGAUUUGAUUCUCAGACACGACCUUCGUCUAUCUUCUCUAGCAUGGCUCUUCUGUGCUCAGCUUUAGCUCUUGCAGUUAUUUCUCCAGUCCUAAUCUCUGGGAACUCUGAAAUGGCACAGUUUGAAAACUUUAUACUUCGGUUUAACAAGACCUAUAAGAACGAAGAAGAGUUUAAAGAUCGACUGCUGAUUUUUUCAAAAAACAUGGAAAAGGCCCGACUCCUGCAGAAGACUGAGCUUGGUACAGCAAAGUAUGGGGUGACCAAGUUUAGUGAUCUCACAGAUGAAGAAUUUAGUAGCUAUCAUUUGGGCACAAAGGUUCCGAUGUCGCCCUCAUUGGAAAGUACCAAACAAAAGGCAUCCCCUCCAAAGACUUGCGACUGGCGUAAAAAAAGGGUUAUUUCAAAAGUCAAGGAUCAGGGACAGUGUUAUUCAUGCUGGGCUUUUGCUGCUGUUGCUAACAUAGAAGCGCAAUUAGGAAUUUUGGGAGAUCUUGGAAAGGAAUUAUCAGAACAGCAACUUGUAGACUGUAAUACUUGCAAGAAUAGUUGUGAAGGAAGUUUUCCAUGGGAUGCUUUUAUAACGGUUCUCGAGCAAGGCGGUCUAGCUAGUGAAGCCGCAUACCCCUACACAGCGAAGAAAGGAUCGUGUAAAACAGUUUCGGGACCUAAAGCUUCAAUCACUGGAUUUAAAAUGAUUGCUCAGCAUGAGGAAGCAAUGACUGCUCAUCUUGCACACUCAGGAACUCUGACAGUGGUCAUUAAUAAAGCUCUACUCAAGUCAUACACUGGAGGAAUCAUAGACCAGAAAGAAAAGUGUGACCCAACUCGGGGAGAUCAUGUGGUUUUAAUUGUUGGAUAUUCCAAAGAAAUGCCAAAGCCCUACUGGAUCCUGAAGAAUAGCUGGGGAGAGAACUGGGGAGAAAAUGGCUAUUUCAGACUACAAUGGGGUAAAAACAUGUGUGGAAUCACCACAUACCCUAUGACUGCUACAUUUGACAAGAAAAAAAGACCACAAUGUCCUCCAUAACCAGCUCAAGAUGGGUUUUUCCCACAAUAUUUUUUGGUUGCAGUAUUUGAAUUCCAAAUUGUUUCUUUGUGUGUGUAAUAAGCUGAUUUAUUUUAUUUCUUUUUUCUCUCUCCC